AUGGGUUCACGGCGACAAGAGAUAGUCAGUCCAGAAGGAUUACGUACGGAUGGAAGACGUCCCACUGAAUUACGACGUAUUUCAUGUCGAAUGGGUGUGUUCAGUACCGCUGAUGGGUCGGCUUACUUGCAACAUGGCAACACGAAAUUGAUUGCUGCUGUUUAUGGUCCAAGAGAGCCUAGUCAACACCAACGUGGAGAAGUCAUGUACGAUCGUGCAUUCAUCACUGUCAAAUACAACGUCGCAAGUUUCAGUCUCGGCGAACGUCGAAAGGCAUCAAGGCUUGAUCGGAGAAACCAAGAAGUCGCCAACAUUAUCAAAAAGACAUUCGAAACAGUCAUCGAGACAACCAAAUACAAGGGUGCUGAAAUCGCCAUCUAUAUUCAGUUGUUGCAAGUAGAUGGUGGAAGUUUGCAUGCUGCUAUUAAUGCAGCCACAUUGGCUAUCUUGGAUGCUGGUAUAGAAAUGUCUGAAUAUGUCUGUGCAUGUUCGGCUGGGUGGGCUAAUGACGCUGCUAUUCUUGAUUUAAAUUACAUUGAGGAAUCUGCUGAUGUGCCUACAGUUACUGUUGCAGUAUUGCCCAAGUCAGGAAAGGUCAUCUCGCUUGGAAUGGAGACGCGUCUACACUUGGACGUGUUUGAAUCUGUAGUGAAUCGAGCAAAAGACGGGUGUCAUCACGUCCAUAAGUUGCUUGAUGCAGAAGUUAGAGAGAGGACUCAGGAAUUGUUGCUUUCAAUGUCUUAA